UUUUGCAUUCAUUUCCGAGAUCGUUUGUUUGUUAUUCAAUUUUCGAAUAAAAGAUUCUUGAGCUUCAAGCAGUUGUUUAAGAAUACUAGCCAACUUACUUAUACAUCAGCAGAAUGUUCUACCAUAUUGCGUUAGAGCACGAGAUUCUCUUGCAUCCCCGGUAUUUUGGUCCUCAGUUGAUGGAAACUGUAAAACAGAAACUGUUUACAGAAGUAGAAGGAACAUGUACUGGAAAGUAUGGAUUUGUGAUUGCUGUGACUACAAUUGAUAAUAUUGGAGCUGGAAUCAUACAACCUGGACAAGGAUUUGUUGUCUAUCCUGUGAAAUACAAAGCAAUUGUGUUCCGGCCAUUCAAAGGACAGGUUUUGGAUGCAGUAGUAACACAAGUUAACAAGGUUGGACUUUUUACAGAAAUUGGACCUUUGUCUUGUUUCAUCUCAAGACAUUCCAUUCCAUCAGAUAUGCAAUUUGAUCCCAACUCAACCCCUCCUUGCUACAAAACCCAGGAUGAAGAUGUUGUUAUUCAACAGGAUGAUGAAAUCCGAAUAAAAAUAGUUGGAUUAAGAGUUGACGCUACUGAUAUUUUUGCUAUUGGAACACUUAUGGAUGACUACUUGGGUUUAGUCAGUUGAUUUAUUUAAAGGCAUGUUUUCAUUGUCACAGUAUGAUUCAUGUGUUGGUGCAUCAAGAUUGAAUAUAACAAGGAAAGGAA